GCCCGCCGUCUCCUUCCACCCUUCAAUUGCCCUCCCCGUCUGCUCCGCAAUUGCUGCACUCACCAUGGCCUCUGCUCGCUCCUUGAUGCGGCUAGGCACUGGCCGCUCGCUGGCGUCAGUUGCCCGGACCUCCCGCAAUUGCCGACCCUUCUCUUCCACCCCUCUGCAGUAUGCCGCGAAGGCGUCGACAAGUACCACGGAGCCUCCCAACAUGCGCCAGGCUGAGCGUCCUCCCGAGGGUGCCCUCCGUGCUCCCAUCGUCAACCCUGCCGAUAAAUACCAGGACAAAGCCGAAGGUCUGCACACCUACGGCCAGUAUAUCAUGUCCUGCCUUCCCAAAUAUGUUCAGCAAUUCUCCGUGUGGAAGGAUGAGCUUUGCAUCUACGUUCCCCCCUCCGGUGUCAUUCCCGUGAUGAGCUUCCUGAAGUACCACACCGCUGCCGAAUUCACGCAAAUCUCCGAUAUCACUGCAGUCGACUAUCCUACGCGGGACCAACGUUUCGAGGUCGUUUACAACAUGCUUAGUGUCCGCUACAACUCCCGUAUCAGGGUUAAGACCUACGCCGAUGAGGCUAGCCCCGUUCCCAGUGUGACCGGUCUGUUCGAGGGAGCUCUGUGGUACGAGCGGGAGGUGUAUGAUAUGUUUGGUGUGUUUUUCUCGGGCCACCCCGAUCUCCGCCGUAUCAUGACCGAUUACGGUUUCGACGGCCACCCGCUCCGCAAGGACUUCCCCUUGACCGGUUACACCGAACUACGAUAUGACGAGGAGAAGAAGCGCAUUGUCAUUGAGCCUCUGGAGCUUACCCAGGCCUUCCGAAACUUCGAAGGAGGAACUACUUCCUGGGAGCCUGUUGGCAGUGGUGACGAUAGGACCCCCGAGUCGGUAUGUUAUCUCUCCUCGGAUCCGAGUAUUGAGGAAAAGCGCUGACUGACCGGAAUAGUUCAAACUGCCGACCCCCAAGCCUGAGCCGAAGGAGGAGGAAAAGAAAUAGAAAUCUCAUGUACCC